AUGGAUCCACGUACAAAAAAUAAUAAAGGUCAGAUCAAACGUGAAAGUGAACAAAAUAAAAAAUACAUAAAUGAACUUAAUACAAAACUAUGCGACUACGAUGACGUAAUUUCUCAAAGAGAUAAAAUGAAAUGCGAUAUGUACACGGUACUUUCAAAAUUGGACUCUAUGAAAACUAAACAAAUGGAUACGAUCAACGAACAAUUAUGUAAACAUAACGAAAUGAAUAACAAUUACAAUAUAGACCGAGAAAAAUUAAUACAUUUAAUAAAAGAAAAUGAUUGUUUACGAAAUGAAAAUGAGAAAUUAUACGUUAAAUUAAAUGAGCAAGAGGAGCUUCUAGAAGAAUCAGAAAAUGUUCAUUCGACCCUUUUACGGGACGCUCAAAACCUACAAAUUAAAUUUGAAGAUACGACAGACAUAGCGAACAAAUGUAAAGAUAGAAAACUGCUAGCCGAAACCGAAUUAAGAGUUAAAGACAAAAAUUUAGUUUGUAAAAAAAAUGCAUUAUCGGAGAAAAUAAUGUAUCAUACUGAAUUAGAAAAAAAUUUUAGUUUCGAGCAAGCCCAAAAUGAGUGUAUACGAUCUUCAAUAAACGAGUUAAAAAGGAAAUAUGAUAACACUGUUAGAUGUUUGAAAUCAAAAAUUACCCAACAACAAAGUAAACUAAAUGAGAAGUUGCCCAAAUUAACUGGAAUUAAACGAAAAUUGAAGGGUAUACAAGAGGAGGUAGAAACACAAAAUUAUCAAACGAUAGAAUUAAAAAAAAAAGCCGGAGAACUUCGUCAAUUUUAUUUUAAUGAGAAAAAUAAAGCUGACAAAGUAGUUUGCGAACUCAAAACCGAAGUAAAGUCAAAAGCUUUGGAUCUCGAAUCUGUUAAUACAAAACUUUGUAAUGCACAAGUAGAAAAUGCUAGAUUCCAAUGUCAGUUGAAAGAUCAAGAGGAAACAAUAAAACGCUUGGAGUCAACGAUAGAACACCUGCAUCAGGAAGUAAGAACUAUCAAAGAGGCUACAGAAUUAACAACUAACAUAAUCAAGAUAGAAUGCGAACAACACGACAAAGAGGUAUUAGCGUUUCAAAGAAAAUUUGAAUUAAAAAAUCACGAGGAAGACGAAUUGGAACAAUUGAUCAACAAACAAAAUGAGCAGAUAAAAAAAUUAAAAAAACAAUUAUUUGAUAAGAAAUUUAAAACUAGUGUAGUAGAUAGUUUAGAAAUGUGUGUUGAUGUAUUAAGCGAAAACAAAGAAGACCUAGUACUUACCCCAUCCGAAUUAUUCGAACCAAAUGACAACAAAUGUGAAUCAAAUAGUAAAAAAAUGUUGCAAUAA